AUCCAUGGUUAAAAAAUAAAAAUCAGACGUUCAACUUCAACACUUCAACUCCAUUUUUUAAGUUAGUGCACCACUUUUACUUCUCUCACCAACCCCCACCUAGAUUUUGUGAUACCAGUCCAUUCGUUUCAUCUCCUCAACAACCCCCCCAAACUAGAAAUUAGCCACCUACAAUCUUUGACAACCCACCUCCAUUUUUGUUCUUUAAAUCCCUCUCUAAAAGGGUUAUUGAGAGAUCGCAAUUUGGGGCUCCAUAGAUCUACUAUAGCUCUGUAAUUUUUGGGCGAUCGAUAAUGGGCAAAGUGUACACUUUGAAGGAAGUUGCGGAGCACAACGACCCCAAAGAUUGCUGGCUCAUCAUCGAUGGCAAGGUGUUUGAUGUGACCAAAUUCUUGGAAGAUCAUCCUGGUGGGGAUGACGUUCUCUUGUCAGCCACAGGUAAGGAUGCAACAGAUGAUUUUGAAGAUGUGGGACAUAGUACAACUGCUAAAUCGAUGAUGGAUGAAUUCUAUGUUGGUGAUAUUGACACAGCAACUAUUCCCUCCAAGGUUGAAUACAAGCCUCCAAAGCAAGCUCAUUAUAACCAAGACAAGACAUCCGAGUUCAUCAUCAAGAUUCUUCAGUUCUUGGUUCCAUUGGUGAUCUUGGGUGUUGCUGUUGGGAUCCGAUUCUAUACAAGAUCAGUGUAAUGAAAGAUCUUUCAAGAUCAGUGUAAUGAAAGAUCUUUCAUCAUUUGGGUGUCUCCAGAUAUGUUUCUUUAAGUUUAUUGCUUAGAACGUGAGCUAUGUGUUUUCUUGUUUCUUAAAUCUUGAACCUGUUCCUUCUAUCCAAGAGAUUAAAUGAUGUUGGUUAUGGUCAAUUUAAGAUCUAUGACUACUUUUUAAAUGUUCUCGUGAUCUAAAAUAGAUGUUUUUGAGUCU